GUUCUUCCAAGCAUUCUUUUUGCACACUUAUACAAAGUGUUGGCUUGGCGUGCCUCCCGAAAGAUUGGCUUUAAAACUUUACAUUACAACCCUAGAGAAAGUCUGUGGCAUUUUUACAAUGAGGCUUAGGAUAUUUCUUGCAGUGCAGACUGUCGUUUUAUGCAAGUGUCUUGUCGGCGCUGUUCCAAAACCUUUCUUUAUAUACCAAAAUUCUACAACCAGCCGGACAACUCUAGACAACUCACCUUCAUUGUCAUUCGCUUCUAGCUUAGUUGCAUCCAACACCGCCAGCUCUAUCGGAUCUCAUACGUCUUCCGCUGCUAUUAUUUCUUCCUCUACCACAGCUACUGCGGCCUCAUCUACCUCAACUCCAUCCUCUGCGACCUCCCAUCAGUCCGGGGGUGAAGAAUACGUCGUCCUGUUUCACUCCAACCAAUCCUCUCAAGCCAAUGCGCCAGAAAUCCUAAAUCGGCUCGGACUUGGCACCGCACAUCCAGAUGUAUCGCACGUCUUCAACAACUCCGCCUUUGGGGGAUUCAUUGCGUCCAUGAAAACCCACUGCAUCGACGCGCUGAGUAACAUGGUCGAGGUCCAACACGUUGAAAAGUCUGUCCAGAUCAGCUCUUUCGCUACCGCCGAACGCACCUCUGCAACAUGGGGGCUGGAAAGGAUUUCCCAAGCGGAAAAAGUCUCUGGAGACCCAUCCCAAGUCGACUUUACAUAUACCUUUGACGACCAAGGCGCCUUGGGGUACGGCGUGGACAUAUAUAUAGUCGACACGGGGAUCAACACGGCUCACGCAGCGUUUGGCGGAAGAGCGAUUAUGGGCUUCAGCAAAGAUGGCCCCGACGACCUCAAUGCCGACUCGGACAAGGACGGACACGGCACACACGUGGCAGGCACCGCCGCCGCCGAAAUAUUCGGUGUCGCAAGCUCAGCCAACCUUAUCGGCGUCAAGGUGCUCGGAUCCGAUGGCGCAGGCUCCUCAGCCGAUACUAUCAAGGGGCUAGACUACCUUGUCCAACGACAUGAUCAGCGCAAGACGGAAAUGGGGUUUGUUGGAUCUAUUGCCUCCAUGUCAUGGGGGUUAUCCAGCACGUCAGCUACCCUCGACCAUGCCAUUGGCGCCGCCAUUGCUGCUGGCGUUCACGUAUGCGUAGCAGCAGGCAACCAAGCCCGCGACGCAUGUGCCGCAUCGCCCGCCUCGUCCGGCGGCUCCGGCGGCACCGCCAUCGCAGUCGGGUCUAUCAACAACAAAGACUCGAUAAGCUAUUUCUCCAACACGGGCGGCUGUGUCGACGUGUACGCCCCCGGCGAGAAGGUUAUGAGCACUUGGAUUAACGCUACUGACUCUAUUGCUACACUGAGCGGCACAAGCAUGGCCUGCCCCCACGUAACAGGCAUCAUGGCAUACCUCAUGACGCAGAACCCAUCACUCGCCGCCUCGCCCGCCGCCAUGAAGACGUAUCUCCGCAGUACCGCCCUCGCUGGGCAACUCUCUCCCCCUUCUUCUUCUUCGUCCUCCUCGUCCUCCGGCUCGUCAACAUCCAAGCGCAGCGUCGUCGCAGGGGACAGCGGCCUGCUCGUGAACAACGGACAACUUGGACAGUCCAAUUCCAAGCGAUCGCAAAUAAAGCAGCGCCGGAACUCGACGAAGAAUCUGACAAAGAAUCUGACAAAGAAUCUGAAUUUACUCCUUGCCCGAAAACCAAUCGCGACAAACCCAGUCGCGCAUGAGCAGUCAUUCUACGAAGUAAAUAUCGACGAGUGGUCAUCUUUGCGAUACUAACUAUGACUGCGAGGACAUGAGAUGGAAUCGAGCCAGAGUAAACCUGGUCGUGGUUGGGAAGUAGUCUAUUAAUACUACUUAGCAUAGUGUAUAGAACAAUGAGGACAAAACGAAAAGAGAAAAGUGACGAUAAUACGAAAA